CCCAGGCACCCACACCCCGGCACCCCCGGGGACCGCUCCGGGAGGCGGCAGCAGCGCCUCCAGCUCCACCAUGACGCGCCCCAAGCGCUCCAGACGGCCCGGCGCGGGCGGCAGCGAAAAUGUGGGCACCAGGCCUGAAGCCAGUCUUGCAGAGGGCUUGGAGUAGACGUUGGAUGACAGAACCCUGGGCCAUGCAGGGCGCUGAGGAGCCGGGGGCUGGGAGCGGCAGCCAUGACCUCUCAGGAGAAGCCCCUGGGGCCCGGUCUCCCCUGCUGACCACUGGUUAAAGGGGGCUACUGCUCAAGUAUGGAAAUGCAGCACCAAUUCUUGGACAACCAUAAAACCUCACAAGCUUCAAGCCCCCAGAGGAAUCUCCAAAUCUCAGAACUUCCCUGUCACUGCAGCCUAGAAUUUAAGACCCAAGACUGUUUGGCCCAAGGAAACCUGGGGGUUUUUAAGCCCGCCCAGCACCAAAGAAGGCAGAGCCCCCACUUGCCAGCUCUGUCAUCUUGGGCAAGUCACUCGACUACUUCGCGCCUCUGUUUUCCCCAUCUGUAUAACGGCCAUGAUGACAAGAUGGACCGCAAAGGGCUGUGCCUGCCCUUGGACAAGGACCCAAUGCCCAACCCCAGGCCAGCCAAGCCCUCGGCCCCUUCCUUGGCGCUUGGCCCAUCCCCGGGAGCCUCGCCCAGCUGGAGGGCUGCACCCAAGGCUUCAGACCUGCUUGGGGCCAAGGGCCCGGGGGCAACUUUCCAGGGCCGGGACCUCCGAGGCGGGGCCCAUGCCCCCACCUCCUCCUCUUUGAACCCCAUGCCACCAUCGCAGCUGCAGCUGCCCACAGUGCCCCUAGUCAUGGUGGCACCCUCCGGGGCACGGCUGGGCCCCUCACCCCACUUGCAGGCACUCCUCCAGGACAGGCCACACUUCAUGCACCAGCUCUCAGCGGUGAACACCCACGCUCGGACCCCGGUGCUGCAGGUACGCCCACUGGACAGCCCAGCUAUGAUCAGCCUGCCGCCACCCACUGCUGCCGCCAGCGUCUUCUCCCUCAAGGCCCGGCCCGGCCUGCCGCCUGGGAUCAACGUGACCAGCCUGGAGUGGGUGUCCAGGGAGCCAGCCUUACUCUGCACCUUCCCAAGCCCCGGCACACCCAGGAAAGACAGCACCCUUUCAACCGUGCCCCAGGGCUCCUACUCGCUGCUGGCAAAUGGUGUCUGCAAGUGGCCCGGUUGUGAGAAGGUCUUCGAGGAGCCAGAGGAUUUCCUCAAGCACUGCCAGGCGGACCAUCUCCUAGACGAGAAGGGCAGGGCACAAUGUCUCCUCCAGAGGGAGGUGGUGCAGUCUCUGGAACAGCAGCUGGUGCUGGAGAAGGAGAAGCUGGGCGCUAUGCAGGCCCACCUGGCUGGGAAGAUGGCCCCGACCAAAGCUCCAGCCACGGCGUCAUCGGACAAGGGCUCCUCCUGCUGCAUCCUAGCUGCAGGUACUCCGGCUGCCCCUGGCCCAGCCUGGCCCAGCCCCCAGGAGGCCCCCGACGGCCUGUUUGCUGUGAGGAGGCACCUCUGGGGCAGCCAUGGAAACAGCACGUUCCCGGAGUUCUUCCACAACAUGGACUACUUCAAGUUCCACAACAUGCGGCCCCCCUUCACCUACGCGACCCUCAUCCGCUGGGCCAUCCUGGAGGCUCCCGAGAAGCAGCGGACACUCAACGAGAUCUACCACUGGUUCACACGCAUGUUUGCCUUCUUCAGGAACCACCCUGCCACCUGGAAGAACGCCAUCCGCCACAACCUGAGCCUGCACAAGUGCUUCGUGCGGGUGGAGAGCGAGAAGGGGGCCGUGUGGACCGUGGAUGAGUUCGAGUUCCGCAAGAAGAGGAGCCAGAGGCCCAGCAGGAGCGCCAACCCCACACCCGGCCCCUGACCUCAAAACCAAGGAAAGGAGGAAGGAAGGACAGGGGCCAAAAUGGGGGGUGGAAGUGGCCGGGGGCAGGGGUGACGGGCCCUGGACGUGCCCACAGGGACCAAGAAGUGAGGUGUGCACAGUCUUGCCUGCCAGGGACCCUGAUCCUCAGCUGACCACCCUUCUAGAUCGUAUGCUCUGCACCAAGGCUGCUCAGAGGGGCCCCGGCCCCCCGGCCCACCUUCCUGCAACAAGCUCUUUAGCCAAACUGAGCCUUCACAACCAAGCACACACAGCCUGCCUCAGUCGCUCUCAGAGAUGACCUCAGGGCUGGACAAGACACACACACAGCCACAACCCUGUCCCUUGGACACAGUACAAAGAGCCUGCCUCAGUACCCUCGGGCAACCUCAACUCCGCAGUCCCGCAGACAAUCAUACCUGAGCACAGUCCUGUCAACCCACACACCCACGGCCAUCCCCCCCACCCUGCCCUCACCUGCGCUGUGCCCAGGACCCCGCCCAGAAGCAGCCUUGGUACCUUCAGGAUCUCACGUCCCAAAAAGCCACACAAACACACCCCAGUCAUGCACAUUCUCACGCAGCCCCCAAAACAUCAGCUUGCUCACGCAGCCCACGAGAACACACCUGUGCAUCUCAUGUCAUGCACACGCACUUGGCACCC